GAUUUUCGCAAUCGGUGUUUUUAGAAAUUGAGGUUGUGUCGUGAAGUUUUUUAAGGCUUCGACUACAAAAAUUUUAUUGUGUUUUGGGGCAUUAGCAUUUUAUUCUAUUAAAAAAGAGUCAAACAUGGGCUACGAUGAUCGUGAACGUGACCGUGACAGACGCCGCCAUCGCUCGCGUUCCCGCGAUCGUCAUCGCUCAAGGGACCGCCGCCACCAUCGCAAUUCGCGUCGCAAGCCGUCCCUUUAUUGGGAUGUACCUCCGCCUGGAUUCGAGCAUAUAACACCAAUGCAGUACAAAGCUAUGCAAGCAUCGGGACAGAUCCCGGCAAGUGUCGUGCCCGAUACCCCACAAACUGCUGUGCCCGUUGUUGGGUCAACAAUCACACGUCAGGCUCGUCGUUUGUACGUUGGCAACAUUCCGUUUGGAGUAACUGAGGAUGAGAUGAUGGAGUUUUUCAAUCAACAAAUGCACUUGGUGGGCCUAGCACAAGCUGCCGGAAGUCCAGUAUUGGCAUGCCAAAUAAAUUUGGACAAAAACUUUGCCUUUCUCGAGUUUCGUUCAAUAGAUGAGACAACUCAGGCCAUGGCAUUCGAUGGUAUUAGUUUUAAGGGUCAAAGCUUAAAAAUUAGGCGUCCACAUGAUUACCAGCCCAUGCCUGGUAUUACAGAUACACCGGCAAUAAAGCCUGCUGUUCUUUCUACUGGAGUUAUAUCGACAGUGGUGCCAGAUUCGCCCCACAAAAUAUUUAUUGGUGGCUUACCAAACUAUUUGAACGACGAUCAGGUUAAAGAAUUGUUACUUUCAUUUGGACAAUUGCGGGCCUUUAAUUUGGUCAAAGACGCUGCUAAUGGCUUAAGUAAGGGCUAUGCCUUUUGCGAAUAUGUUGAUCUAAGCAUUACUGAUCAGUCAAUUGCUGGCUUGAAUGGUAUGCAGUUGGGAGACAAGAAACUCAUUGUUCAGCGUGCCAGUGUGGGUGCCAAGAAUGCACAAAAUGCUUCUAAUACUACUCAGUCCGUAAUGCUGCAAGUACCAGGGUUAUCGAAUGUUGUUAGCUCGGGUCCGCCGACUGAAGUGCUAUGCUUGCUUAACAUGGUGACUCCCGAUGAACUGCGCGAUGAGGAGGAAUAUGAAGAUAUACUUGAGGAUAUUAAAGAGGAAUGCACAAAGUACGGUGUUGUGCGCAGUGUUGAAAUACCACGUCCAAUUGAAGGAGUCGAAGUUCCAGGCUGCGGCAAAGUAUUUGUCGAAUUCAACUCGGUUCUCGAUUGCCAAAAGGCUCAGCAAGCAUUGACUGGACGUAAAUUCAGUGAUCGCGUUGUUGUCACUUCAUACUUUGAUCCUGACAAAUAUCAUAGACGCGAAUUCUAGUUCAAGUAACAUACAUAUAUCCACAUAUACAAACACCGAUCGACAAAUAAAUAAUAAAACUUA